AUGCUGCAUCAAUAUCCGAUCUCCUUUGAGACCGAGCCGCAACCUUCGACGUCCCAGGCCAUGCAUAUUAGCAGCCUGCCUGACCGAGUCAUGUUAGCUACAGCCGUAGUUAAUGUAAACGCCAGCUCCGGUGUUAAGGUGCAAGCGCGAGCUCUACUUGACUCCGGUUAUCAAGUCAACUUUAUGACCGAAGAGCUUAUGCAGAAAUUGCGAAUCCGAAAAGAAAAAUUCGCUCUAAAUAUAGUUGGAAUUGGCAAUUCAAAUAAAAGGGUCCAAGGUAAACUAAAAACCUAUAUAAAAUCGAGGAUCAACAAUUUUGAGUUUUCGGCGGACUUUUGGGUAAUGCGUUCGAUAUCAGUCAAUCAUCCAGAUCGGACUGUAAACACAAAUGGCUGGAAAAUCCCACAAAAUAUUGAACUAGCUGACCCAAGUUUCUACAAAUGUCAGAAAAUAGACAUACUUUUAGGAGCUGAAAUAUUCUUUGAUCUGUUAUCGGUGGGUCAGAUCAGAACCAGCCCAAGGCAGCCAACGUUGCAAAAAACUGUGUUAGGCUGGAUAAUUUCAGGCAAGUAUGCCACAAAUAAUAGGUCCAGUGCCCAAGUAAGUAGUACAGUAUGUCAAUUUGAUACUACAAUCCGAAAAUUCUGGGAAUUGGAAGAAAUACCUACACAAGUAAAUUCCACACGACUGACUCCAGAGCAGGCAAAAUGUGAGGAAUUUUUUUCGAAAACCACACAGGUUUUACCAUGUGGAAGGCUUCAAGUCAGACUGCCUUUCAAAACCGACCGUGAAUCACUCGGUCAUUCGUAUGAAACCGCAGCUCGGCGGUUUCAGGCGCUGGAGAGAAGGACGCUGAAAGAUCCAGUACUUCGUAAAAUGUACCUGGACUUCAUGCAAGAGUAUCUCGAAUUGCGGUAUAUGAGUCCAACAAAUAAUCGACUCCCGAGUGAGCCACACUAUUUCAUUCCGCACCAGUGUGUGUUAAGACCGCAGAGCACAACUACCAAGUUGCGCGUAGUUUUUGAUGCUUCGAGUCGCACAUCAACACAAGUUGCGUUGAGUUGA